GCGAAGUUUUUACUUCUGAGUGAGAGUAAGUGGUGUUCAAAUAUGGCCAGUCAAGUAGAUGCAGAUAAUGGUUCUAGACCAAGUACUAGUGGUCCUGCCAUGAGUUUUAUAAGGACGGCCUCAGAGACUAGGAUAGAGAUUAAUGAUCGUUGGGCAGUUAGAUUCUUGGUGGUUGCCGUCUCUGGGGCUGGUAUUUACUUAACAAAAAGUUUAGUAACUUUUCUCCGUGAGAACCCAGAAUUGGUUACAGAUACAGUACAAAAGGCUGUUAAAGUUUGGGGUAAAGCUAUGGUCAAGCCUGGGUCAAUUAUUGUUGACUUGGAUUGUGGAUCACAGGAGAAAUUUUUGAAGUUUCAAAAAGACUUUGAGGAUGGGAAAGUUAAAGAUGCAUUAGAGAGAGGGUUAGGAGAAAUUGGCUACAAUGCCGAAUUGGAAUUAACUCUCAUAAAGGAAACUCCCAAUGUGGCUACGAUUAAAAAGAGGUAA